AUGCCAUUGAACACUGUUGGGACGGAGGGCACAAAGCAGAAGCGAAUUUGCGUGAUUGGCGCCGGCGGAUCAGGUCUGCCGUGUGUCAGAUGGGCUCGAGAGUACGGUGCCGAUGUGACAUGCUUCGAGCGAUCCAACGGAGUUGGUGGCCUUUGGCACUACAAACCGAAUCCAACGGAUCUUUCGAAUGUGAUGAGAGGAGCUGUGAUCAACACCAAACGUUUUCAGAUUCACCAACAACGUGCUGCUCAAAGUCAUCUCGCCGACGCGCUUCAGCAAGAUGCUCGUGAAGGGUCUGAACGAGCGCUUCGGUCA